UAAUAGAUAACGUUAACGUCAAAUCGAAUUAAAAUCCAACGGAUUUUGAUAAAAGAAUCGUCACAAUAAAUGUGAUGAUUCUGUAUAAAAAGAGGUUUUGGUCAUUCUUCUUAUAGUAAAUAGUCAAGAUGAAAUCGAUCUUAUAUCUUGUAAUUUUUUCUAUUAUGUCCUCUGUUUGGUCCUUAAGAUGUACGCAGAAGUACCACUUUUGGCGCCCUUUUAUAGGGGAACAUUCUGAUGAAACUGACUACAUCGCAGGAAGGGAUAUCUAUGGUAAACAAUUUUAUAUAGGAAAAAUCAUUUCACCUGUAGAGAGGCGAGCUUGGACUUUCUCGACUCUACUCCUUCAUGACUAUGUGAAUAUUGCAUUUGAGGAUCACAGAGUGUUCAGAGUAGAUCGCUGUAUUGAGAUUCUCUCUGUUGAGCCAAGAUAUCAAUCAAAAUUUGAUUGGUAUAUGAUUCGAAAGGAGUAUGAGUUAGAUCUUAUUCAGCAAUACAAUAUGUGCUAUGUGCUCGGUGGGCUUUUCAGGUUUAACGACAAAGUAAUAGCUGCCUAUAUAGGAAGGUAUAUGAUGAAUGGAACAAUCUUUAUUGGACCAGUGUUCACUACAAGAUGGACUAUGGAACCAGGAAUGCAUUUUUUGGAUGGUUAUAUACCACACCAUCGGAAAGCAGGUUUUCAAAUAUUGACUCAUCGCUCUUGAAUGAAAACAGUGUGGUCUGGUGAUCUAUUUCAACAAUAAAUCAUUUACAAACU